AUGCAGAUCAAAGUCUUCAUUGCUACCGUCUUCGCCGUCAUGGCUGCGGCUGAUUCGGCUCAUCCCAAGGGUGACAGAGGUCAAGACUGCCCAAACCCGUCGAUCAGCUGCAAUGAUUGCCAUGGUAACGCUGUCGCACCCGGCCACUGCGGUCCGCUCUCCAAGUACUCUGGAUGCGGCUGUGAUAACGUCAGCGGAUAUGGCUUUCCCUGCCCUUCGGUGGUGGUCGAUUGCAGCGACUGCGAUGGUCAAAAUGGUUUGCCUGGUUUCUGCGGACCGGCCGACUCCAGGUUCGAGUGUGGCUGCAACCCGAACCUCAGCACCAAGGGCUACAAAUGUCCUUCGACCCCGCCCGCUUGCAGCUCUUGCGAUGAGGUGCACUCGCCCGAUUACGCCAAGUGCGGACCGGCUUCCUCCUUGGAGGCCUGCGGAUGCAACCCCAACUUCUAG